CUCUCUAUCCUCAAAUCCGUUCACAUCACCAACCCGCGCACAUCAUCGUCUCCCACAAAAUCCCAACCACCAACACUCCCCCCAAACUCGGCCUUAUCCUCCAUCCCCCGGCGCAAUGGAGCCCGGGACACUUGCUCUCGCUAACCUACGCUCGUCCACACCCUAUUCGACAAAAUUCCUCAGAGACCAUACGCACAUACAAACGCAAGAACUACCAAAAUUUUUUGUCCAAUUAUCUAAACGGAGCUCCAAACCCGCCUCAGACUGGCUGCAGAAAGACCCGAGGAAGGACCUGUCUCGGAUUCUUAGAACCGAUGCUGCGGUGAAGGGCAUUGUGAGGAAAGCCAACUCAAGAAAGUACAAACAGCUGUGGCCUAAGGCUGUUCUGGAGGCCCUGGAUGAGGCUAUCAGAGAGAAUCAGUGGGAAAAUGCUCUCAAGGUUUUUGGAUUGCUUCGCAAACAACAAUGGUACGAGGCAAGGUGCCAAACAUACACGAAGUUGUUGAUGAUGCUUGGAAAGUGUAGGCAACCUGAGCAGGCCAGUUUGCUUUUUGAGAUUAUGUUGUCUGAAGGGCUCAGACCAACUGUUGAUGUCUACACUGCUCUUGUAAGUGCUUACGGGCAAAGUGGCCUUCUUGACAAGGCUUUAUGUACUCUCGAUGACAUGAAAUCGGUCUCUGACUGCAAACCAGAUGUAUAUACAUAUUCUAUUCUUAUUAAUUGUUGCUCUAAAUCUCGUCAUUUCGAUCUGAUUGGACGGAUUCGUGCUGAGAUGUCAUAUCUAGGGAUCAAAUGCAGCACUGUGACAUACAACACUAUUAUUGACGGAUAUGGUAAAGCGGAAAUGUUUGACCUAAUGGAGAACACGCUGACGGAUAUGAUUGAAAGUGGAAGCUGCCUUCCUGAUGUUUUCACAUUGAAUACUUUUGUUGGGGCUUAUGGGAAAUCGGGGCAGAUCGAGAAACUGGAGAAGUGGUAUAAUGAAUUCCAGCUAAUGGGAAUACGGCCAGACAUUAAGACAUUUAAUAUCCUGAUCAAAGCAUAUGGAAAAGCGGGCAUGUAUGAGAAGAUGAGCUCCGUUAUGGAUUAUAUGAAGAAAUGGUCUUUCUCUCCAACAAUUGUUACUUUUAAUACAGUGAUUGAGUUGUUCGGAAAGGCUGGAAAUAUUAAGAAGAUGGAUGAAUACUUCAAGAAAAUGAAGCAUCAAGGAAUGAAGCCCAACUCUAUUACCUACUGCUCUCUUGUUAGUGCUUACAGUAAAGUUGGACAUAUAACAAAAGUUGAUUCAAUUUUGAGGCAAGUAGAGAAUUCUGAUGUAAUACUAGAUACCCCUUUUUUUAACUGCAUUAUCAGUGCAUAUGGUCAGGCUGGGGAUGUGAGAAAGAUGAGUGAGUUGUUCUUGGAAAUGAAAGAGAGAGCUUGCAAACCUGAUAGCAUCACCUUUGCUACCAUGAUCCAAGCCUACAAUGCACAAGGCAUGCCUGAGGCUGCUGAAAAUCUGGAGAAGAUGAUUGCAACCAAAGAGAUUUCUGGUAUCUCACCAUGCCUUAUACUUUCUAAUAAUUCUAUCAUUUUGCUUCUCUCAAAGAAUCGCUUGCCAAACUGCUUACCUUUUUUACUUCUCAAAGGCACAAGGUUGAUCGGAUGCUAGCAUGAUAUAUAUUUUUUUUUGGAAGAGCAACCCUCACAGAUGGACAGGUCAAAUGUCCAAAGGUGGUUGGAUGUCGGAAAGAAUUAUUGCUUCCUUUUAACCGCCAUCAUAGCGGAGGUAUCAAUGCAUAUGUAAUCACUGUAGUUUAAUGGUGGAGGUAAAGUUGACAGUGAACACCUGGUGGAAAUUUCAGGGUUUGGGGGAAGGGGAAGUAUCUUCUGAGUAACCUCUUUCAAUGGGGGAACCGAAACAUGAACUGAAGGGUAGCUUAUAUAUGUGUGUGAAAGGAGUAAGCAGCAAGAUGAGAGGGAUAGAACUUGGAAGGCAUAGAAGUGAUUCAAGUGAAUGCACUUGUGACCAUGUGGCUGCAUCAACAGUUACAAGAAUCGAGAAAAUUUGUUGGGGACAAUUUGCUGCCUGGCACCAGUGAGAGAUGAUUUAGUCUGAGGUUGAAGGUACUGCCAAUGUAACAGUGAGACUUAAAAAGAUCAUUCAGGUUGUUGCUACGAGACCUGUAAUAACACUAAUUAAGCCCGAGUGAUGGGUAGUGCAUACAAAAUUUGUCUUGCCAACCCCAACUGUUUGAAAAGAGAUUUUUUGAACAGUUCAUUGCCCCAAAAUUAGGGUUCGUAAUUUUUUAUACGAUCUGCGAACCUAAUACAGAAUUAGGUUAUUAAAAACUCGUAAUUUUUAUAUAAAAAUCACCAUUGAAUUUUUUAAAUUAAAUGGGUUAGCUUAUUA